GAAUUUGACAGCCGCAAAAGGGAAAACAUCAAAAUUAGAUUUACCCAUGGCAUUUCAUUGAUUUCUCCAGAUAAAGUGUUAAUUUCCAUCAAAUAAAAUGGGAACUGAAAUACUUAAGUCGUUUAGUAGCUUACAAUCGGAACUAGAGCAAGCGAAAAGCAGUUUGAAAGGUGUAGACGAGAAUAUAAAGAGGUUAAUUGGUAGGGAUCCUUCAGAAGACAAAUCGCGUGUACGAAACGUAAGAACCAGGAAUUACUCUCACGAAAACGAUGAGCCACCAAGCAAAAGAAGAAGUGGUGUGUCUGUGUUUAAGAGGUUAUCUGACAGAGCGAUGCCAGAAUCGACAACACAAAAACAGAUGAUCAGUAAGGUUAUAGUCACUCCAAAGGAAGUUCCUAGCAGACUGGAGGCACUAGCUGCUCAAAGUAAAGACGAAAAAUCCAAAGCCAGAAACAGGCGGAUGUUUGGUGCUCUUCUAGGCACCCUACAAAAAUUUCAACAGGAGGAAACAAAGUUAAAACCAAAAGAAGAAAAGCGUGCGCAGCUCGAGAAAAAAAUUGAAGAACACGAAAUAAAAGAAAAGCAGGAAAUUAAGAAGGAAAGGCAAGAGUUGUUUUUGAAUAGGCGUAAGAAGCAAGCUGAGAUUAAAGUUAUUGAACUUAAAAUGCUAAGAAUGAAAGAGUAUGCCUAUUGGGAGGACAAACAAAAGCCAAGGGUCAAUUUUUUGACAACCAAAGCCAAACCACACAUCCAUUUUCUGCCCAGGAAGCUUAAUGAAGCAAGCAAAGAAAAAUUGGCAACCAACAAAAUUGAAAUUGAAAAAAUGAUUGAAAAGAAGAAAAAUAAAGUGUUGGAUGAGCUAAAACAGAUUGAAGAAAGAAUGAAUAAGAACUUUGAAAAGAAGCCAGAAGAAAAGGAUGAAGAGAACUUGAAUGAUUCUGUAGAUCAUGAUAUGGCUAAUAUUUCUCAAUUGGAUGAAUCUAUGCAGGAAGAUAUAAGCCAUAAUCCAGAACAUUCAACAAUAAAAGAAUCAGAAAAUCCCAUUGAAUCAAUGGAAAUUGAAAAUGGUUCAGAAAAUGUAGAUAAAUCAAAUGAAGAUAAAACAGAAGCUAAAGAGGCAACCAAAAUGGAUGAAAGUACAACGAAUAAUUUAAAUGAAGAACAUUUAGAAAGCCAUGUUAAAAAUAACAACUGCAGUGAAGAAGCCAUUUGAUAAAACUUUUGUAUGUAAUGUUAAGGUGACUUUUGUCUAUAAAUUUGUUUUGUAAAAUAAUUGUACGUAAUUUAUGGUUUUUGCAAAUUUUCUCCAUGAGAAAAUAUUACCUACAUUUAUUAUAAUUAAAUAAAACACAAUUUUAUCCACAACCAAAAUAUUUAUAUGGUUUAAUUUUGAAUAAAAAAACACCAA